GUUCUCAUCAAACUGGAAUUCAGCAAAAUCUAAACUGUUACCCAAUAUCUGUCCGCAUCCAUUUCUGCAAGCUCUAAUGAGAUCAGCUGACACUUCUUUCGAGUAGGCACCCCUGGGACUGCACCGUCAGGAAAGGAGCGGUAGCUGCGAGGCAAGAAUUGCAAGCGAGAUCUCUUUCUGAGCAGGUCCGUGAUAAGUUCGCACUUCCCCCCAUUUACCGUCCGCCCCUCCCCUCCCCUCCCCUCCCCAAUCUUCUCCCCAAAGUUCAGCCCCGCUAAUUAACCAUCAACCCGUUUGGCCGGGACUCCUCGACCAUCCCGCAGAUCCCAGCGGCGCAGGGACGUCUUUUCGCGCUCUUGGGACCAGAGGAGGCGAGGGAUCCAUGCACCACGGUCUGUAUUCUGCGUGGCAGCCUUGACGGGUGGUUGCCUUUGCCUAGAGGGGAACCGAAUUCCUUGCCCACGCGCUUCUCUUCCGCGGCUUGGGUCCCAGCCAGAGGAACCAGCUCUUUACCACUCCUUUUUAUCCGAGGCAGAAGGAAGAACCUGUUGCUGAGGAGGAGGACGUGCAUUUUGGGGUCCCGGGCUAGCUGUCAUGGGCGUAGCCAGGAUUUAUGCUAGCAGUGCCAAGUGCGCCUCCCUCUUGAGGUCCUUUCCGGCUGACCUGUUGACUGAGAAAUCGUCCUGAUUUGAUGGCACAAAGUUUUCAGCCUGUCGUAAAUUCAGCGCGAACCGUUAAGGGUCACUUCUGAACGAGUCGUUUUAUGGAGCACGAAUCCUGAUGCGUUUGUACAAAGCUCGCGCGCGAAGGUUAGGCAAUGGCUGUGCGCGCACACGACACUCUGCCCCGGCUGGCAGGGCGCUCCCACAACCGGGAUCUGAAGCCGAGUGCGCAGCAUUACUUCAACCCACUCUGCUUGAGAUGUUAAAAGCAACACGAUCCGUUGGUGCCCUCGCUGUACUGUUUUGGACACGCUCUGAAAAGUUUUUAUUUUUAUGUUUUUAAUAAUCUGCAAGCCUGUUCAUUAGCUCCAAUUGUUCCUGCCACCCGAACCUCAUUCAGCCUGAGAAAGAAUUCUGUGGAACUCAAAAGUUUGCUCACAAACUUUGGGACAUUUUGCUUGGUACAUAGUAACAAAGUUAUCGCUAUAUUGUGGCGUUUGGAUUCUCCCGUUCAGUUUCAAGGCACCCCCAUUUCUCUUACUUUGGGAGCAUAGCCCAGGUGUGCUGGGAAGUUGGCAGGACAACCAGGGAUCCUCUGGAUCCUACAUCCCUGUGCGUCUUCCUCUAGGACAGCUCCCUAAUUAGUUUAUUCCCAGCUGACCUAUUUCUUGAGAUUUCAUCCUGAUUUGAUUGCAUCAAGUUUUCAAAGGAGUCAGAUGCCUGCUGUUUAGCAAUCAUUCCCACUCUCUUGUAUGAGCUCCCCACAAAUAAUUUUGCAGUUGUUACUCUGGACUUUCCAGUGCAUUUUCCGUCACUUUCCUUACUGUGAAAUGUAAGAUUCUUAUGAUCUGAAAUCAGUUUUCUUGUGCAAGCUUGCCAAACCCAGUUUAAUUCCAUUACUGAAAUUUGCAAGUAUGUCCUGGAAGCCCACCCAGAAAAUAAGGACAGUCUGCAAGUAGUCAACAGAGUCGGGAUGUCCUUUCCUUCCAAAAGGGGGCAAUAAUUCAAACUCCCCCCUCUCCCUUCCCUCUUUGUGGGAAAUCCAGAAAGAGGAGUCAGCUUCAACAUUUUCUGUUUGCUGGAAUGGGCACCCAGCGAAAUGUGGAUCUAGUAGGGAGGACUUCUGGGCAUAACUUACCUGUAAACUGUGAUACUGAUCACAUCCGCAUCUCUCACUUACUCCAGCUUGCUCACUUGCCAUCGUCGUGCAUCUUCUACCACUGCAUCUCUACUCUACAGAGAUGUAGCAAGUUGUUGAGUCUGAAGUCCAAAGUCUCAGGACUCAGCUAGAUUGGUAGAGAAAAAGUGAUUAAAUGUGUUGUAUAGGCGAUACAAUGUAGGUGGCGCUGUGGGUUAAACCACAGAGCCUAGGACUUGCUGAUCAGAAGGUCAGCGGUUCGAAUCCCUGCGACGGGGAGUGUUGCUCGGUCCCUGCUCCUGCCAACCUAGCAGUUCGAAAGCACGUCAAAGUGCAAGUAGAUGAAUAGGUACCGCUCCGGUGGGAAGGUAAACGGCAUUUCCGUGCACUGCUCUGGUUCUCCAGUAGUGGCUUAGUCAAGCUGGCCACAUGACCCGGAAGCUGUACGCCAGCUCCCUCGGCCAAUAAAGUGAGAUGAGCGCUGCAACCCCAGAGUCGGUCACGACUGGACCUAAUGGCCAGGGGUCCCUUUACCUUUUUAUAGGUGAUAUAACAUUGUGCCACCAGAUGGUGCUGUGUACUCCCGUUUAUUUCUCUACCUGUUUUCCCUGUUUAAAUUUACCAGGCCUUUAACUGAAACGCUUCUUUGAUGUGUCUAGAUUCAGCCUCAGACUCCAUGGUCCUUUUGUAUAUACAAAUGCACCUGUAACUGCAGCUUAAGACUGCGUCCAGAUUGCUACUGCAUGUGAACUGUGAGUAAACUGUAUUUUAUUCAAAGAAAACUGGUUUUUUUAUGCUGCUGUUGUUUUAAGGGGGAUAAAAGGGGGAAACACCAGGAAAACCCAGCCUACACAUCAAGGCAUCCUGGAUUGCUUCAUCAAAACGGCUGCAACAAACUGAAACAGCAGCUUCCUAAUUUUGUAGCAAAAGGGGUGUGCUCUGCUAAACUCACAAACGAGUGUAAGGAAGGGUAAUAUAUCCUUUCCUAAUUUCUAUACACAUUCCCACACUAUUUUCCCUUGCCCCAUUUAGAUCUCCUCUUCCUGAUACAGUUGCUGUUUUACAAAACCACUCCCCAAACGCCAUCAUGGAUUCCCAUCCGAUCGCACCACUGACCUCCCGAUCCUUCUCGAGAGAUGAGUCGGAUGCUUACAUGCCAAAAGCAAUGAAGAAGUUUUAUCGGGGUGAGCCAUUGGCACUGGGGGUGAGUAUAGAAUAUAGGGAAAACCUAGAGGGUCUGUGUUCUCCUGCCUGCUCUAUUUGAGAGCCCUCCCACUUCCUUCCCCAUAACAUUUUAGACCUGCCUACCCUUAGGCAACUGCAAAGCCCUCUUCUCAGCUUCCCAGCCCUGCUUCUGAAGUCAAUUUUGUCUUAUCUUCUGCACCUUGUGUAGCCCCAGCUAACGUGGGAGUUGUAGUUCAGCAAUGUCUGGAGUUUAGCACCCUACAUUCUGAUGCCUGAUUGGUUUCAGCGAAAUACAUACUCAUCUUUCUGAAUGAAACCUUUUGAUUUUUGAAGUGCUUAAAUGUUGACUGCAUCAUGAUCUAUUCUAUUCAUUUUUUUUAAAGUUCUAUACUGUAGGAAGAAAAUUCAGAUUGUAAUCAUAGGAGUAAAUCUCACUGAACUCAGUGGGAAUGGCUUUUGAGUGGAUGUGCGUAGAGUUGCGCAAGACAGGUCCCUAUCUCCUGCCCUCCCACAUACAAGUAUUUUAAAUAACAUAAAUAAGUUAAGUUUGUCAGGAUCCCCAGGGAAGGCAGAACCACUGCUAUGAGGAGAGGGCUAGUCACACUCUUCCUGCCUUUCCUAUGCCUAUCCAAAGAGAUUUUUAAAGAAGUCGGGAUGAUUCCUUGCGUGGUGUAGUGGUUAAGAGUGGUGGACUCGUAAUCUGGUGAACUGGGUUCGCUUCCCUGCUCCUCAGCGGCGUAGCGUGGGUUGUCAGCACCCGGGGCAAGGCAAGUAAUUUGCGCCCCCUAACCCGGGGCAAGGCAAGUAAUUUGCGCCCCCUAACCCCUAACCUGCCGCCACUGCCAGCUUCUUCUUGCUGCUGCCUGGUCUGGUCUGGUGUGGUUCUCUCCCGCGCUCAGCGCUGCGCUGGGCGGCCGCUGCACUGUCCCUCCCCCAGAUAGUCCCUCGCUCUCUCUCCGCACCGCACGCCUGGCACCUACCCCCUCCACAGUGGGCGGCGACCCAGCGGCUCGGAUCGGAUUCGCACAGCCAGCACUGCAGUGAGAGAGAGUGAGUGAGCCAGGUAGGGGCAGAGAGCUGCGAGUGCGAGCGCGCCCCCCCAGAUGUUGCGCCCGGUGCGGCCGGCCUCCCCCUGCACCCCCCAUGCUAUGCCACUGCUGCUCCUCCACAUGCAGCUGCUGAGUGACCUUGGGCUAGUCACACUUCUCUGAAGUCUCUCAGCCUCACUCACCUCACAGAGUGUUUGUUGUUGGGGAGGAAGGGUAAGGAGAAUGUUAGCAGCUUUGAGACUCCUUAAUGGGGAGUGAAAGGCAGGAUAUCAACUCCAAACUCCUCCUCUUCUUCUUCAUCUGAGGUUCAGACCGCAGACUAUAUUCUCUGCCUCUUAUUCUCUCUCUGGUGAUAUUCUGAAAAAUAAGCAAGCGUCAACAAUUGCAGCAAGAUGCACGUCUGCCAUGUUCUGAGGACAUGCAGCCCAGCAGUGCUGUUUUUCUAGAAAAAUAACUUCCAGAACUCACCAUGAACACCUCAGUUCCUAUGAGUUUCCCUUGACAAAAAGCCCUGCAGCCGAGAAAUAAACAACACUCCACAUACUCACAGCUUGCAUGUUGAAUGGCUGUGCACAGCCAUAACCCUGCCCGACAUCUCUGCAUACAUUGGCUUCCUUUGCUUCUUUCCCGGAGGCAAGACCUUGAGCAUAUCCAGUGCCGAUUUACGUAUAAGGUAAACAAGCUAUAGCUUAGGGCCCCACUCUCUCCCCCCCCAUUAUACCGAAAGAAAGAAAUACCGUCUUUUACACUCACUAAGUGUAACAGGGUACAAAGGUCUGCUGUCUCAAUGAACAGUGUGGACUACUGUGGGGAUAUUGAUAUUAUAUUAAAAAUGCAUUGUAUUAACUACAAUUGCAUUGUACAGUUUAAAACAGCUAAUUUCAUAUUAAUAAAGCUAAUAUUAUUAGCAGUUUGCACCAUAUAAUUAUAAUUAUUAGCAGUUUGCACCACAUAUUUACACCUAUUAUUACUGUAUUUCAUGUUAUAGCAAGUUUCUAGAGACUAGAUUAUGAGUCUUUGCAAACUGUGUUUCUAAAGGAACUUUUGUUAUUUCCAAAUGCCAAUGUGUUUGCAUUAUUAAGUUUGUUAUGAAUAAAAAAACAUUUUAAGCUAGAGCUUAAUAAUUAUUUCACUAUUAAUAUACUUCUUCUUAAUUGUAUUUCAUUAUUAAUAUACUUCUUCUUGAUUGUAUUUCAGUUCAACAAUUACGUUGAUAAAAUACAUAUUUUGUUAUGUGCAAAUGGCUUUAGAUACCUAUUAGGUCCAUAAAUUACCAUAUAGCAUAUAUUCAACACACACAAAAAAACCCAGUGACAAUUUGUUGUUGACAAAGGACAGCUGGACAUAUAAAGGGCCCCAUUACCUUCAGUAGCUUCGGGCCUCAUCAAACCUAAAUCCGGUCCUGAGCAUAGCAAUGGUUUACUAUUGGAUAGCAUUGCAUUGGCUCCACCCACUUAGGCCUUCAGCCCUGCUCACCUCAACAUGUGCCCACCCCCACCAUGUUUGAAGUAACUUUCAGUUGGUCUGCAGCUAGAAUGUGUGGUGAUAAUAAGACCUGGUUUUAUGCUGUCUUUGCAGAUCACGCAGAUACUCAUCGGAAUUAUGCAAGUUGGUCUUGGAGCUGCCUUUCACACUGUGCCUUAUUAUUAUCGUCACGCUUACAUUGUAACUGAAGUACCAAUCUGGAGCGGAAUCUUGGUAAUCCAACACACAUCUUUGUGUAAAAAAAGAAAGAAAAGUUCCUUUGGGAUUCGGCUUAGACUAAGGGAGAGAUGGUGAGGUUGGGAAUGUCCCCAGGUGAUUGGACUGCAACUCCAAUCAGCUCCUGCCUGCCUGGCUAAAGUUCAGGGGUGAUUGGAGUUGUAGUUCAGCAAAAUCUCUAGGGCUGAAGAUCCCACAGCUCUGCAACAGCCGAAGACCAUCAGUGGAAGACCAGAAGGCAACACUGACCAAGGCUGAGCGUCACUCAAAGAUCCCACAACUGCUACUGUGUAAAGGGGGGAACUCAGAAUUAUGCCUCAUGAAUUAAGUGGAAAAUAGAAGCCACUGGGGAGGGGGAAACCACACACCUGACCUGUGGGCAGAGAGUCAGUGCUGCUUAAUUGGGCGUGUGUUCUGGGAUGUUAGUGGCAUGUGGGUGCAACGCCAGGAGCACAGGAUUGGCUCUGCACAGUGCCAAUCUCCAUACCACCUGACCUCACUCUCCCAGUAAGAGGCAGGGACUCCUUUGCCAGGAAAUCGAGUGCAGUCCUGCCCCUUCCCACCAGGCACUACUAUUGAGAAGUUCAGCUUUUUUGGGGGGGGGGGAAUAGACGGUUUCUCGUCCUCAGGAGACAUGAAGAUGGCAUGUAUGUGGGAUAGCUGGUGAAAAUGUCAGAAGCUGGAGAAUGGCUGAAGAGGUGUUCCAGUCGUUAUGGGAUGGGGCUUCAUUGUUCUGCAUAGGCCUUUGCCCUUCCAUAUUGCUUGUGGAAGCUAACUGUCUGUGCAACUUUGCACACCCUUGGAUACUAUUUCAGAGUGUAUAUGCAGUGCUGACAUGGGGCCUUGGAGGUGGUCAUGAUGGGGUGACCAUUCUAGGAAGCAGGGAAGGCACAACAACAGUGCUAGAUCCAGCCUUGGAGGCUCCUUGUGCCCUGGACCUCCUCCCUCAAAGAGUCCACCAGAGAGUCUGUUGGGCAGAAUUUGUAUGGACAAAUCCCAUGAUAGUUAUGGAGCUGUCCAGCAGAAAGGGUAUCUUUGCUUCAGUAUUUUUGCAUGAGAAACAUCAAGUAAUGCUCCAUUAAUGUCAUUUUCUGGUUAUGACCUAAUGGACUGGAAAGCAAGAUGUGAGAAAAAUCCCUUGGAAUCUUGUUCCUAGCUUCUGACUUCCUUUUCCUUCUCUUACAGUACAUCAUUUCAGGAUCCCUCUCUGUGGCAGCUGCCAGGAACCCCAAAAUACCACUGGUAACUAAUUUGCUUGUUGGGAAAUGUGUGAUGAAAGAUGGAGCACAGAAUGCUGCUUGCCAUUUAAGGGUCCCUCCUAGAAUUCCUGGUCUGAAGUUACCUUGUCCAACUUCAUGCAUUUUCCAGAGGAAGUUCUGUGUAUCUCUUAUGGGGUUUAUCAUCUCAACUCAAGAACCAUAUUGGUCUGCAGCUACCAUGUCCAAAAUCAUGCAUCAGUUCAGAUAUGGCUGGUUAGAAUCCAAUAGUUAUUUAACUCUAUAUAUAGCUUGAAUUUGUGAAACUCAAGGGGUGGUGCUCUGCCUCUGUGUAUUAUGACAUUAUUGGAUGUUCCCAGAAGCCCAUUCUGCACUAUACAUUUAAAGCUGCAUGAUAGCACUUUAGACAAUUAUGACUUCUCUCCAAAGACACAUGAGAACACUCAUUCAUUCAGGGUACUGAGAGAUGUUAGGAGACCUCUAUUCCCCUUACAGAAUUACAGCUCCCGGGGAGGUUUAUACCAGACAGUUGUUUCAGGAUUGCUCAAUGAAGGCAUGAUAUCUGAUUGUUUGUCUCCACUGUUAGGUGAAAGGGAUGCUGGGAAUGAACGUCGUGAGUUCUGUAGCGGCUGGCAUUGGAAUCAUUUUCCUCUGUUUUUCAAUGGGUGACUACCAUUGGCAUAGGAAGGUGAGAGAGCUGCAAUGAGCAUCAUCCGAAAAAGUACAGUGGGUAUAAUAAAUCCCCAGUGUUCCCUUGGGUAAGUGCCGGUCUCAUCAUAGUGAGGGCACUUCCAGACUGUUGCUAUUUUGGGGCGGGAUUCCAAUUGCAUCCUGGCAGAUCCAGGUUGUGAGAUUAAAGUGGAUUCGAUACGCUCUUGUGCAAGAAACACACUCCCCUGCUGAAAACAGACCCUUUUUGGAUAAGGAAAAUGACUGGAAAAUGCACCAGAAUGUGUGUUUAGACAACCUUGGCAGGACAGGAUGGAAGGAUGAACACAGCAAGUCAUGGUGUGAGUAGAGCGGUGCUUUGACAUAAACAGAGCAGUUAUGGGAUUACUUGAAUUGCUUAAGUCUGCUGCGUUUGGCUUUGACUGAGGGUCUUUUAAGCAAGGGGAGCCCUUGAACACUUCGGGGGGGGGGCAGCCAAGUUAGGCAGCUCUGCCUGGUCUCCCAGAGUGUCCAAGGGGCAUUGGGUGUCUGUGUGCAUUAUUAUUUUUUUUGCAUCCUCACAAGGCAUCUGGUUGUCAGCAAUGGUAACAGGGUGCUGGACUAUAUGGUCCACUGGUCUGAUACAAACUCUGUUCUUCUCACAUACACACACAUUUAUAAAUGGAGAGCAUAGCUGUCAACCGUCCCUUAUUUGGCGGGAAAGUCCUUUAUCCCAGCGCUGUGUCUUGCUGCUGUCCCUGAUUGAUGAUGUCCCUUAAAUUUCCCGGGUUUCAAAGGAAGCAGCUCCUCUCCCUCCCUCCCUGCCGGCCAGGGAGGAAGGAGGCUCCAACUGGGUUGCUUGGCUGUGUUGCUCACCCAAUAAGGAGUCUAAGAAUGGCUGGGGGGGUGGAGCUUGCAUGCCUUGUGCCGAUCAAAUCAGCCGCGUUGCCUGGGGACUCGCCUUUGCUCAGCGCUUCCCAGCGGAGAGGUGACGGUGGUUUUCCUUGCUGCAUCCCCUUUGCUGGGUUGCUGUGCUGUGGGAACUGUUACAAUAUGAGAACAUCGCAGCUGCAGACAGCCAGCUUGUUGACAUCAUGUGAUAUGGCUAGCUGUGGGAAAGUAAAUUCCUGGAAGUUCACAGGCUUUGGGAGUCUGUGUCCAGUGGGUAAUUUGAGACCUUCCUGUUGUGUUUGUAAAGGAAGUCUUUGUCACUUGCUGGAUGGAAACUGAAGUGAUCGGACACAUUUUCUGUAGAGCUGUAAUGUCAGAAAUAAACAAUACGUAAAUAGAUUUCUGACUACUCUUCUUUCCCCUGCGCAAGGGGGAGAAGUGGAUGUGCAUUUUCCACGCUGGGAAAUGUCGCCUAUAUCAAGAUCUCCCUGGUCUGUCUGGGAACGCAGCCAGAGGCAGAUCUCCGGUAAACAAGCUCCAAGAGCAGGGAGAGGGGCCAGCCUCUCCAGACGGGGCUAGUUUUCCAACAGGAACCACCGCUUGAGGCUUUGUUUGGCUGCUGGCUGGGCUUUCUGCCUUUGGCUUGGAGGUGCUCAGAAGUUGAACAUACCUGUGCUUGGAAAAUCCCUUAUUUUGGCUGCUGAUCCCUGAUUUUCGAGGCUGUGGGUCCCUUAUUUUCAAAUCUGUAAGUUGACAGCUAUGAUGGAGAGUAAUCCCCUUUGAUCUUGGAAUUACGUACGUUUGGUGCAUUUUGCAUUGUCCCAGCGACACUUAAGCAAUUGGAAGCCUUGUGGGUUCUUGAGGUAGGCAGCCAAGUUAGGCAGCCAAGUUAGUCUGCUGCCCCUCAGUGUCCGGUGGCACUGGGUAUCUGUGUGCAUUAUUAUUUUUGCUCUUGUCCCACCUGAUCACUAAUAAUAAUAAUAAUAAUAAUAAUAAUAACAAUAACAAUUUAUUUAUUUAUACCCCGCCCAUCUGGCUGGGCUUCCCCAGCCACUCUGGGCAGCUUCCAACCAAAUAUUAAAAUACAGUAAUACAUCAAACAUUAUAAGCUUCCCUAAACAGGGCUGCCUUCAGAUGUCUUCUAAAAGUUUGGUUGUUGUUGUUCUCUUUGACAUCUGGUGGGAGGGUGUUCCACAGGGCGGGUGCCACUACCGAGAAGGCCUUCUGCCUGGAUUCCCAGUAUCUUGGCUUCUCGCAGCGAGGGAACCGCCAGAAGGCCCUCAGUGAUGGACCUCAGUGUUUGGGUAGAACGAUGGGGGUGGAGACGCUCCUUCAGGUCUCCAAGGAGCUCGAGGUGGUCUACAUGCUCUAAACAACCUUGUGGGGUUGAAGGGCUGGGCUGAAAGAGAUGACUUGAGCAAAGGCACCUGGCAAGUGGGGAUUUGAACCCUGGACUGCCAGGUCCUAGCCUGAGAGUCUUUGAAAUACACCUAUAGACAAGCAUACACCUUGCUGGAGGGUAAUUCCCUUUGCUGGGUUCUCUGCUUCAUCGACAGAACAUGUUGUAUGGAAUCCUGGCUGUCUUCCUGGUAUUCAACAUCCUUGCGUUUUGCAUUGCUAUCUCCACCUCUGCGUUCGGGUGCAAGACUGUUUGCCAGGAGAACUACACCGAAACGGUAAGACUGAAGAGAGUGGAGUUUGGUGACCAGAGUAGGCAAAGAUAUCCCAGGGUGGGGCCUGCUUCCUUGCUCCCCAAAUAAGGUGUUUGUUGUCAAAACAGCAUUUCACCUUGGGGCUAGAAGUCUCCCUCUAAGUUCAAUGGCCCAGAGCUCAUCCCUUAUUACUGAUAGCAAGCAGAGUUAGUUGCUCAGGAGCUGAUCAGCACUGUAAAUGCACAGCAAGACUAAUUUUUCUCCUGGGGUGUUCUUUUCCUGCAGGUUGUGGUGGUUUACCAGAACGUGAGCUCAGGCGACUCUGUUGCUCUUCCAGAUGCUUGCAAGGAUCCCAGAUCUCUCUGACGCUGUUCCUUCAUCCCAUCCUCCUUGACUGCCAUUUCCAAUGUCAAGAGUAAAAAAUACUAAAUGUGCACUUAGGCACCAAGGAGGUUUCUUGGCUCAUCCUAGAUCAUCUUUGAAGAAAUCUAUGUCUAUCGUGACCCAUGCAAAUAAAACACUGGGAUUUUGAUAAG